UGCCAUACCUUCUGGCGGGGCGGUGCACGGAGGCUGACGCGUGCACCGCUCGCUCGGGACGUUCCGGGUCAGUGUUUGUAAUAACAAGCGACAACAAGUGCUAAAGGAACAGUGCUAACUGCAGUCCUGAGUCAGUUAAAACAGAUGGGCGUACGGAUGCUUCACAGGAAGGUGCUGCAGGCUACGUGGCUGUGUUGUCUCGUGGCCACUCAGGUGCACCCUUGUCCCAGCAGCUGCAGUCAGUGUUCAGGCCCAGAAAAGAACCAGUGUGAGGAAUGCAGAGCAGGAUGGAUCCUCCACACUAACACCUGUGUAGACGUUGAUGAGUGUGGAACCGAGCUGGGGACGUGUUCUCCCAACAGCUACUGCUUCAACACAGAGGGGUCCUUUGAGUGCAGAGACUGCGAUUCAGCCUGUGCGGGCUGUAUGGGCAGUGGACCAGCACGCUGCAGAAGAUGCGCGUCUGGGUUCAGACUGACAGGCUCCAAGUGUUUGGAUAUUGAUGAAUGCAGUGACCGGGUACUCGCCUGCCACGGUCUGGAUGAGAUCUGUGUCAACACGGACGGCUCUUUCCGCUGUGACUGUGCUCACGGAUUCCGCCACAAGGACGGUGUUUGUGUGAAGAAGCGACUUUCCACAGGCGUCCAGGAGAAGGGUCUGUUUGAGGACAUCCAGGACGACGAGAUGGAGGUGCUGCAGCAGAUGUUCUUCGGGGUUGUGCUCUGUGCUCUGGCCACGCUGGCGGCUAACGGAGACUUGGUCUACACGUCUGUUUUCAUGGGAGCAAUGGCAGCCAUGGCAGGCUACUGGUUUUCUGACCGGGGAGACCGUUUGUUAUACGGUUUCUUUAAAGGACACUAAAACAUUUUUUUUUUUUAUGGCAUGUGCACAAAUACACCACUGUUGAAGCAGGUGUCAUGUAAGAUCUUCUUCAUAUUUGGUGUGAUAUGGCAGUUGCUUGUUUGAAACUGUCUUGAUCGAUUCUAUGAAAGUAUUUUUGCAGGAUCUCAUUGGACGUAUCAGGUGACGAGGGUGCUGGCCACAGUCUUUGCAUGAGUCAUCACAACAUCCUGUUUCGGCCAAUCAGCUUUGGGUGAACUGUUCUGACAGUGGUUACAAUGUAACAAGACAUUUGUUUUUUUUGUUUGACAAGAAAAUCACAACGAGGGACAGAAAGAAAGUCACCUUUAUUUGGAUAUAAACAAGCUGGCCAACACUCAAUAGUAAUAUUCUGAUACAUCACAUACAAUAGCAAACUGGCACUGAGGACAGCCUCCUAUGUUUUUAAAAAACAGGAAACAUUACAGAGUAUCCAUGCGUCAAACAAAUCUUUUACUCAGUCUCACUUGUUUUGUUUUUUUUCAUCUAGGGACUGCCUCUGAUAAACGUCUUCUUUUGGA